AUGGAAAACUCAGUGCUUAUGAUUAUAAACCUCUUCAACUUGUUCUGCUGCUUCUGUUCAGCUUAUGAUGAGAAAGCAAAUGGACAAAACAACAAGAGAAAUUUGUUUGCAGAACAAGAAUGCUGUAGAAGACAGAGUAACUUUGUCUACAUUGGGCCAGACAUAUCUGGUAGUCCUGUAAGUGUGGAUGUGGGCCUAUGCAAGUCACAUUGUGGGGUCACUCAAAGAGUAAACACUUACAAUUCUGUCUUUUCCGGACUUCCAAAGCAUUCUUCUAUGCUAGAUUUCCUGAAAAAUAGAAAGUUGCAAGAGAGGGUUCAAGAUACACCUUCUCCAUCUGGUUCUGAGCCUUCAUGUUCUAAAGGGGACAUGCCGACCAGCUGCCAAGCCACAAAAGUUGCUAUAGAGAGGGUUCUCCUGCUGCAGGGAAUUCAAGAAAUUGCAGUCAUUGAGGACUGUCAAUGCAUUAUAAUUCCACAGGAAUGCAUCCGAAUGCCAUUUCUGAAGACCUUUUUCCCAGACACCCCCUUUGAGUCUACAGUUGAUGUUGGGAAAUGUUCCAGUCCUGAUGUUACUACAGGUUUUUGGUGUGUUCCAACUAAAUUUGACACAGUAAUUAUAGAAAAUCCAAAUGGAGCAGAUAUUGUGCAGACUGUAGAAACUUGUGAUAUGAAAGAGAAGUGCUAUAGGGUCUCCUAUCUGGAAUACUACUAUGAGAUUGUUCAAAACCACAAAGCUGUUGUUGAAGAAUUGCUCAAGGAAAUUGAUGUAGGACGGUGCUUAGGAGGCUGUUCAACAGGAAAUCACUGUUUGCUUAGGGACUAUCGUAACAUGCACCAUUGCCUAGUAUGGGCUGACGGAGCAGGCAACGGAUGUAUGCCCCAGGACUACGAAAUUCAUAACUUCAGGAGCAGAAAUGGACAUAUACGCACAGUACUUGCAAUUAAAACCUGCAAAUCUUUCCCCUCUCUGGCCCUGACUGUAACAGUGGCUCUACAGCAGUCACUCCCUUUAUACAGCAAUAACAAAGGACGCCUCCGCUCACCCCCAGGGCAGCCAGUACAGGAGGAGUCCAGUGAGCCCGGUGGCACCGGUAGCGGUGGCAGCCCAUCCGGCCAGCGACACUUGGAUCCAAUACGAGUGCUGCAUCUCUGA